UACCGAUUGUGUCUUUACCUGUGCAGGUGUAUAGGACGUGCAGCUCCCCUCUGUCCGACAGCCAAUACAAUGAAAUCUUCCAGUCUGUACUGCAGCAGGGCUUGGACAACUGCCUUGAAGACACCGUGACAGUCUUAAAUGAAGUCGAGUCUCUGCAAGCCAGCAUUGAUCAACACUGCAAAGGGGACGAUGCAGAAUUUUCAGAGACCAAAUUCCUAAAUCGGGGCAAGGAUUCGGGCAAGGGGAAGAAGAAAGCGGGGGGGCUGCCUCUGCACAAGACUGGGGGCCGAGAGAGGAGCAGAAACCCUGACCAGCUGACCCCCAAGAAAGAGAAGAAGAAGAAGAAUGAGCAAAGAGAAGAGGGGGAUGAAAGAGAGCAGUGUGAGUGCUGGGUGCAGUGCUGCAGGAGAGCCUGUGGAAAGUGGAGGAAGCUGCCAGACAGCAUUGACCCUGCAGCCCUGCCUGAGGACUGGACCUGCAGCCACAACACAGACGCUAAGUACAGUCGCUGUGAGGCCCCUGAAGAGAGCUGGUCUGGGGGAGAGGACAGCACUGUCUACUCUGACCUUGUGCCAGGAUCCAUCGUGUGGGCGAGGCAGUGCGGCUUCCCGUGGUGGCCAGCUAUGGUGGACCAGGAUCCCGACACUGGAAACUGUUUCCUAUUCAAAAAGGAGUCGGACAAGGAACCAUUGAAAUGCCACCUGACUUACUUUGGUAAGCCUGCCACCAGAGCCUGGGUUUCAGUGUCGAUGAUAAAGAGCUUUCAGGAGCAACCGGAGACUGGCGUUGGGGCGUUUCAGAAGAAGGGAGGCCAGCGCGACUGCAGUAAGAAAGUGAAUGAAGCUGUGAAAAUGGCCAAGAAGGCACAGAAACUGAGCCUCAAGAAGCGCUUGUCGCAGUUUGGGUUCGGAACUCGCUACGAUGGAGAGGAGAGGCUUUCAUCCGAGGACAGCGACACUGCAGUCCUGGGGAUUUUCCUGACAGACAGCAGCAGGAGAGGAGAGCGGUGUUCUCUCAGUGAUGAGGAGCAUCGACCAAAGCCAUCUAAAAAGCGCAAGAAGACACUCAGCAAAGGGAAAGAUUUGAGCCUCGGAAAAGCUUGGCGCGAGAGAAAGGAGAAGAAAGGAGGGAAGGUGUCAGAGGAGACGGUAAAGAGCAAGAGCGUGCCACGAUUCGGCACGAAAGAAAACAAGCCUUUGGAAAUCUCCGCUCACAAAGUGAGAAAGUUUGCUUUGCCGAAAACCAGAGACCAGAGGGUGCCGGGGGGAGAGAGGAGUCCAGACAGCAGGAGAGGAGAGGCCUUCGCAGAAACGGGCGCCCCCCCUGAUCCAGAGCAGGAGACCCUGUACAGCUUCACCUGGAGCAAAACCAGCAGCCAGGCAGCAGAGCUACAGAAGAGGGCAGGGGAGGAGGGAGAGGGAGAGGCAGGGGGGAGCCCAGAUAUGGGGCAGGGAGAGGGGGUACAGGAGGAGGAGAGCAUUACCCUGGUGCUGAGGGGGGAAGGAGGGAGCGAGGGAGAGGAGGGGAGCGAGAGAGAGGAGGAGGGCUCCAUAAACAAGGCUGUCCUGGGAUACCCGGUGCAGGACAAGGGGUUUGAUAAGGGAGGGGGAGGAGGCAAGGAUCUGCCCAUGUUCUCAGAAGAUGAUGAAGAUGAAGAUAUGGAAAUCCUAACGUGCCGACAGGCCGUGGAAACAGCGCUGGAAGAGGAGGAAGACUUCUCGCUCUAUCUGUUUGAGGAAGAGUAGAAUUGGUAAUCGUCAUUUUUUUUUUUUUUUUUUACUCAUUAUUAAUAUUAUUAAUAGUGGGUUUAGGGUUUGUGAUGAUCGCUGCUUUUUCUGAAAGACUGGAGAACGGCGAUCCACGCAAACCCGAGCAGCUGUUCAAAAAAAUCAGCCCGAUCGACACCAGCGAUCUGCGCAGAGGUGGAGCUGAAUAAUGGUUUCGUGCUGCUCUCCCCAGCGCUUAGUUAUAAUAAUAAAAUGAAAUGCACCGGAGGGUUCCGCUCUAGAGCGGUCCUCUAACCUGCAACACCCCGUCUCACAAUCCCAGCCUGUUACUCUUCAGUUGAUUUCCUGACUGGUCAUUUUAGUAACACACAGGAAGUACUUAUUUAUUUAUUUAUUUAUUUAUUUGCUUGCUUGGUUGUUCGUUAGUGUUUUUAUUAAGAGGAGCGCUAGUCUUUUUACAUAAUGUGUAGCUUUCAUCUUUAAUUAAAUUAAGUUCUUGAGUUAAAAGGGUCUUACUGUUUAAGAAAAAAAUAAAAUUAAAUA